UUUCGAUUAGGGACCGCGGUGUCCCGGCGGGAGGGCGGAGCGGCCGGGGCGCGAGGAGGGGACUAAGGGCGAGCGGUGGAGCGGGGACGGCCCCGGGCCGGAGACACCGAUCAGCCCGCCCGGAGACUGCAGAGCGCAGCCCCGCCAGCCCGCCUCGCGGCCAGGCGCUGCCCUCGGGGGAGCUUGGAGACGGCGGCAGGUGCGCGGUGCCAGGAUGCGGACGCCGGUGGUCAUGACGCUGGGCAUGGUGCUGUCGCCCUGCGGACUGCUGCUCAACCUGAUCAGCACGCUGGCCCCGGGCUGGCGGCUGGUGAAGGGGUUCCUGGACCAGCCCGUGGACGUGGUGCUGUUCCAGGGCCUGUGGGACAUGUGCCGCGAGCAGAGCAGCCGCGAGCGCCAGUGCGGCCAGCCCGACGAGUGGGGCUACUUCGAGGCGCAGCCGGUGCUCGUGGCGCGGGCGCUGAUGGUCACCUCGCUGGCCGUCACCGCGCUGGGGCUGCUGCUGGCGUCGCUGGGCGUGCGCUGCUGGCAGGACGAGCCCCACUUCGCGCUGGCCGGCCUGUCGGGCCUGGUGCUUUUCAUCGCGGGCCUCUUCGGCCUCAUCCCGGUCUCGUGGUACACGCACUUCUUGGGGGAUCGCACGGUGCUGCCCGCCCCCGCCAGCCCGGUCACCGUGCAGGUGAGUUACAGCCUGGUGCUGGGCUACCUGGGCAGCUGCCUGCUGCUGCUGGGCGGCUUCUCGCUGGCGCUCAGCUGGGCGCCCUGGUGCGAGGAGCGCUGCCGCCGCAAGGCGCCCCCCGCCGGCCCGCGCCGCAGCAGCAUCAGCACCGUCUACGUGGACUGGCCCGAGCCCGCGCUCCCACCCGCCAUCAAGUACUACAGCGGGGGCCAGCACCGCCCGCCGCCCGCCGCCGAGCCCGCCGCCCCCGGGAAACUCAAGGUGGGCUUUCCCAUGCCGCGCCCCGCGCCCAGGUCCUACACCAACCCCGUGGACGUGCUGGACGGGGAGCGGGAGCCCCAGGCGGCCGCCUCGCAGGGCGCCUCCUCCCGCAGCACGCGGCCCUGCCACAGCUCGCUCCCCUGCGACUCAGACCUGUAGACGUUGCCCGGGCCUCCCCACGGCUCCGGGCUCCAUCCCGGGGCCAAGGGUGAAGAAGGACUGGUUUCCACUCGGCCCAGCCUUCAACUGUGUGCGGUGUCUGCGGCUCUCCCGGCUUGGAGAUGGAUGGAGCUCUGCGUCUGGAGGGCGAUCUCCCUUGCCCCGUAGCCCCGUGAGACUCUUGGGACGUUUAUUUCAAGUUUCUUUCAGCUUUGGUUUAUACAGUUUUCUUUUCCUGUCCAGAGGGAUCAGGUCUUCUUGUGGGAUGACAAGCUUCUCACAGGUACAAGUUGAAGGAGAUCUGGAACCGGUGGCGUUUUAAAUCAGGUGGACCAGGUUCAAUGUCAACAAGACUCAAAACAACAACAAAGGGAAACAAAAAAUUCAACGGGUUGCUGGUGUCUCAGGAC